CGCCGCGCUCAAUUAAAAAAAAAAAAAACCAAAAAAAAAAUCCGCCACCUGUAUGCCACGCGCUGCUCGUGCAUCCAAGCCCGCUGUCGGUUAGAGGAUCCUCCAAGAAAACCUAGAAGAAGACCUGAAACGGGGAGAAGGUGUGGGCUGGGAAAAGAGAAAAGAACAAAAAAGAAGGAAAAAAAAAGAAAAGAAAAUCACGCGCUUCGGUUAGGCGAGAGAUGCGCGCGCCACCCUGCGCGCUCCCACUCGAUACGCUCUUUCGCACCGAAUUCAUUUCGCCCGGAAACCGAGAGCGCUGAUUUGUUUUUAUUUAUUUUAUUUUAUCAAUAUUGCAUUAUUAUUAUUAGAUUUUUUUGGACGGCUGAGGGUCGUCAAAGCAGGGUGCAGGAGGUAGUCUGGGAAGCAUGAAGGACCGCACGCUCGAGCUGAGGCAUGGGAAGGACACCGAAGAGGAGGAGGAGGUGGCAGUGGGCAUGGAGAAAGGCUUCAUGGAUGAGUUCUUUGAACAGGUAGAAGAGAUACGUGGCUUCAUCGACUCGCUGGCUGAGAAGGUAGAGGAGGUAAAGCGGAAACACAGCGCCAUCCUUGCCGCGCCAAAUCCAGACGAAAAAACAAAAGCAGAUCUGGAGGAGCUGAUGACAGACAUCAAGAAGCUGGCUAACAAAGUGCGCUCCAAGUUAAAGAGUAUCCAGCAGACCAUCGAGCAAGAGGAAGGACAGAACAGGUCUUCAGCAGAUUUGAGGAUACGGAAGACACAACACUCCACUCUGUCACGCAAAUUCGUGGAGGUGAUGUCGGAGUACAAUGCGACGCAAUCGAGUUACAGGGAGCGCUGCAAGGGCCGGAUCCAGAGACAGUUAGAGAUCACUGGAAGGAACACAACAAACGAGGAGCUGGAAAGCAUGCUGGAAAGUGACAACCCAGCGAUCUUCACUUCGGGGAUCAUCAUGGACUCCAACAUCACCCAGCAGGCCAUGAACGAGAUCGAAACCCGGCACAAUGAGAUCAUCAAGCUGGAGAACAGCAUCCGUGAGCUUCACGACAUGUUCAUGGACAUGGCCAUGCUGGUCGAGAGUCAGGGUGGGCUCAUGAACAACAUUGAAUCAAACGUGCGUAACGCCCAAGAAUACGUGGAAAAAGCCAAAGAAGACACUAAAGCUGCCGUUAAAGUGCAAAAAACCAACAAGGUGAAGUUGAUCCUGUUAGGGACAUGUGUGACAUUUUGUCUGCUCAUCCUCAUCAUCUCACUCGCUGUUGGACUCAGCUAGCAUGCGCAGGAGAGACGGCGUACUGGAAUAAGUUGGCUAGAAGAAGACUAGACUUCUAGACUAGAAGAAGCCAUGAUGGGUUUGGGGGUCAAGCUUUCAGUAUCAUUUUUAUUUUAUAAUAUUUAGCCUUGGAAAUGGGCUGUUUGUGAGAUUAUCGAAACAGUGAGAUGAAACAUGUUAUUUAAAAUGUUUUGAUUGAAAUGUCACUCUGUAAGCUAAUGUAUCGAUUGUUCCACCUACCUCACUACUUUCUGCCAUUCUUGUGUGCAUACACGAGCGUGUGUGUGUGUGUGUGUGUGUGUGUGUGUUCUGUGCAGCUGCAUGCAAUUCAAGACUAAUGUUCAGACACGUUUGAUUCAGUCUAAUGAUUCAGUCAGUAUUCAGUCUAGUGUUGUUUUCAACAUGACCUCCUUGAAUUCCUCUGAUGAAUAAAUGUGUGAAAUGUACUAGAAGCACAUGGUAUCAUGUGUGAAAUAGUGUACAACAUGUACAGUGUAGUCAUUUCCCAUUCAGCUCUAAACUGAAUGAAACGCUAUCUUUCCUAUUAGAUGGAUCGCUAAUUAGCUAGAAUCGAUGGAAGUUCUCAAUAUGAGAUCCGGGCUGACCUCAGAGGUCUGUGAUUGAAAACAAUAAUUAUAAUGGAAAAUACAAAUCCACCAUUAUGAAAUUAAUAAAACAUAUUAAUGAAUAAUAAGCUAUUUUUAGACUUGGGAGGGAACGAAUAAGUGAUAUAUGAAUAUACUCCGUGUGUCAUUCUGUCUUCUAUUUCUCAUUUUGACAUUUUCAUUUCUAGUUCGUCACAUUCAACUUCAGCCACGACCCAUUUAUUAAAAUCAUAAUCACAAUACAGUAUUCCCCGAUUACGUUCCAAAACGGCCCGCGAAAAACAGACGCCACCCCAAAAAUGCUAUUUCGUGUAUACAGUACUGUACCGUAUUAACAUUUUAAUUCAUUUUAUAAUUAGUUAUUAUAUUUUUUAUUAAUAAAUUUCAUUAUUUCAACUCCAUAAAAACAUUUCCCUAUAAGUUUCUCCACGAGAGCCCGGGAAAAUCUGUCAAAUUAAUUAGUUAUGUGGCAAAUGCAAUUUCGCGAUAAACCGAGGGGGUGCGAGAUUCGAACCGCGGUAAAGCGGAGGAUUACUGUAUACUGUAAAUGGCUUGAUUUAUCUUAAUAAAAUCAUCAGGAAAUGAAUUACAGCAGUUAAAAUUAUAAUCCGCCACUAUUUCAAUAUUAUGUAUAGUUUCGUUUAUCGCAGGUUUAUAAAAAAAAAAAACAGUAUUAGCACAGCUCUUAUCUUCUGUUAUGCCUUAUUUAUUCUUGAAAAACUCAUCAAUGGAAUUCUGACACCCCCAUAUGGUGUGUGUAAGUGUGUACAAAGUGUGCAGUGUAAAGUGUGUAGCGCUUUAGUACUCAUCUCCCGCAUGCAUGGCUUUCGCUUUUGGAAUGCAUUUUAUUAGGGGCAAUUGAAAGUAGUUUUCUCUAAUCCUUGUGCCCUAACGUUUACAUCUCUCUCUCUAAUGAUAUAGGUGUGUAACUGUAUGAUUAACCCUUACUUCAUUCUUCUCUUUCCAUGCCGUCUGGAUUUCUCCUUAAUGCCUUGUCUGU